AAAAGAUUGUCCUUUUGGUUUCACCCAACAAUGUGCAUUCAUUAUCUCAUCUCCUAUUAUUAUCCAUCCCCUCAAAUACACCAAACACAGAAUUCUUUUUCACAAAUCACAUUUUUUUAUUUUUCAGGGAUGGAUUAAUCUUCAAAGCCAAACACCACCUAUUUUAUAUUAUACUAGUAUACUACACACUGACACACAUAUAUUAUAUAUAUAUGUGCAUGCUCCUCUACCCUUACUUUGCUUCUGUUUUUUCUCUCCUCACAUUGUUCUUUUUCUCCACGGCAACCUCUCGCCUCUCUCUCUAUUACCCUUCAAAUAAAGCAAUCAAAACCGACAGAUACACACAGUUUUCUUAUAUAUGCAUAUAUCAGAGGCAGAGUUGGAAAGAUAAACAAUAUCAAAGAUUUAUAGAGAAAAGUCAUUCAUGGCAGUUGAUGCUCGCCGUCUGUUACUUUUCCCCAGCGACAGAGGGGUAAUGAUGUUUGACGGAAUUGAAGGCGCCGGCGUCGUGUACGGCGCGCCGGCGGCACUUUCUUCUGGAACGACGACGGAGACAAUGGUUGGGAUUUACGGUCCGGAUGGCGUCCCGGCGAUGAAAUCCGACAGCGGCCUCUCCUACGCCGUGCCGGCGUCAAGGAAGCGUUCCAGAGAUGCGAUCAAUUCUACGGCUGUUUCGAAUCAGAGCCGCUGCGGCGUUCCUUUCACGUUUCUCGGCGAGGAUUUCUCGUUUCAGCUCCAGCACCAGCAAGUGGAGAUUGACCGUUUCAUCACACAACACACGGAAAAGGUUCGAUUGGAAGUGGAGGAACGGAGAAAGAGGUACACCCGGCGGAUUGCGACGGCGGUGGAGGAGCACAUAAUGAAGAGACUGAGAUCCAAGGAGGAGGAGAUCCAGAAAAUGGGGAAACUGAACUGGGCGCUCGCGGAGAAGGUGAAAUCUCUGUGCGUGGAGAACCAGAUAUGGCGCGAUUUGGCGCAGGCGAAUGAGGCCACGGCUAACGCACUCAGGUGCAACCUUGAGAACGUGCUUGCUCAGGUCCAGAACGACGAGCCACGCGGCGACGCGGCGGCGGACGAAGCGCAGUCGUCGUGCUGCGGCAGCAACCCCGACGAGACGUCCCGUGUUCCCGAGGAUGCAUCGAGCAGGAUGUGCCGGAGCUGUGGGAAAGAAGAGUCAAGCGUUCUGCUUCUGCCGUGCCGGCACCUCUGUCUCUGCGCACUCUGCGCCUCGUCUCUGCAAAUGUGUCCCCUCUGUAACUCCACCCAAACCGCUACCCUUCACGUUAACCGAAACAAUAAAUAAAUAAAUACUAAUAAUAAUAAUAAUAGUAAUUGCUUGCUUUGUUUUUAGGCUAUCAAGUGUAACUGAGGUUCGUCACUUUUUCGAAUACCAAAGCAAAGAGUACAAGAAUCACACCCACGCUAAUCCACUAAUCUCGUUAAUUUUUUCCGCUAAUCGACGUGGUUAAAUUUGAUUAUUAUAUUAUGAAUUUUUUAAUUCUUUUCAUCGGGAGUGAAGACAAACAUGUACAUUAUGACGGGGGUUAUUGGGAUGUGCGCAAUUUAGCCAAUAAAAGGCUCGACCGGCACAGGUUAGAAGUAAUGGGUCACGAGAGGUGAUGGGUUCACCGUUCACGCAAAUGUCACUGUUGGGUGUCUGUCUGGGCAUUGUUGCCACCCCCAUAAAGGGCAGUGACUGACGGUGCACAUUAUUAAAUGGCACCGACGCACGCGCAAGUUAGAAGAGAGAGAGAGAGAGAUCAUGAUUCAUGGGCCUGUGCUGUGGACUCCUUUCGCCUUUAAACCUUAUUUUCAUACUUUGGAUUGGACAAAAAUUCACAAAACGUAUGAUGGUGAAAAAGGACUGUUCUUACCGUAUUUUUCGGGGCCAUUGCGUACAAUAAACGUUGCUCUAUCUCAUGCGGUCAAAGUACUCCUCAUCUCAUCUUUGCCAAGUUUGAAGAUUCUUAUUUAUUAGCUUUUACGGUUUUGUUAUGAAGUUAACAAUUGGUCUUCU